AUGACUACUCCAGGUCCUAACGGCUCUCAAAGUGAGAGCCUCCAUCCAGCUACAUCAUCCUCACUGUCUCAACCCCCCUCAUCCCCUCGUUCCCUUCUCCACUCCCAACCCAAGCCACCAACCCCCCUCCCACCCCGAACCACCAGGAGCAAAUCCGUCCCUCAAAUAUCACCUUCGAAAAAGACGGCACCAGCCGCCACCACGACCACGACCACGAAGCCAGCUUUCUCCGAAAUCUCCUCACUCUACCAAUACACCUGGGAUCGCAUCGACGACCUCAAGAUCAUCACGGGCGCCCUCUGCGAGCGACUGAUUGCGCUAGAAGACACCGUAGCCACACUGGACGAAGACGACAAUAUGGAAAUUUUCACGAGGAAGGCGUUCGACAUGGCGACGGAGGGGCAGCUCAUAGCAAUGAUUGCGGAGCAGUUUAAGGAGACUGGGACGAAAAUAGCGGAUAGAGGGACGGAUGUGGGUUUGGGAAAGUGUGAUGGGAAGGGGGAUGGGAAUAAAAGGGGGCUGGGGAGUGAAAAUGGGGAUAGGAAUGGGAGCAGGGAGGGGAGUUGGGAUGGGAAUGGUAAGACCAGAAUGAAGGGAAGGAAGAAGCAGAGGGCCACAGUCAGUGAUCCAGAAACGGUCAGUGAUCCGGACACAGACAGUGACCCAGACUUGUAAUCUCUGCAAGCACCGAGUCCCUGGAGGCGGAGAUAGACGGAAAGGAAUGCCAAGACUAUUGCAGUCAUGUCAUUAGGAAAGAUAGAGAGGAGUGUUCGUGGGGGGAACUGGCUGUGGGGGAAGUGUCUGGAUCCAUUGGGGAAGCAAGGAAACACAAGAGACUGAGUACUGUACCUGCAAUACAAACAUGACGAUGAAGGUCGUCUCCUCAUAAUUACCGGUUCAAUGCAGCGAGUAUGUACAGUUAGUUAUCCUUCGUGGGCGCCAGAUAUCCAGUCUUGCUCCAGCCAGAACUGGCCAGACCAAGUCUUCCAGACAGGACACUCGUAAUUUUUUGCCCAAUUACCCCACGGGAUAGACGACCAAAUGUCGAAUUUACGCGCCAAAUGCACCAAUGAAGAAGCACCAGCGGUUAAGGGAUCCUGUAGGGAUUUCAGAGGUCCUCCAAGGCCAUCGCAA